AUGAGGGACGCCUACAGAGACGGGACGCCGAUGCUCAAGGUGCUGGCAGUGCUGGCGUGGUGGGUGUCGGCGGCUAGCAGCCACCAGCAGCAGCCGUUCUACGUGUACACGCCGCCGGCUCCGAAGCAGCACCACGUGCAGGGGGUCCAGCCGGUGGCGCUGCAGGUCCACGGGGUGCAGCUGUACCCCGUGCAAGCGGCAGCGGCCGCAGCUCCUGCCACGGUGGGCGUCGGCGCUGUCCAGUACCCAGAUGGAGCCGCCGUUCCUGCCACGGUCGGCACGGUCCAGUACCCAGCUGUUCCUGCCACGGUCGGCACGGUCCAGUACCCAGCUGUUCCUGCCACAGUCGGUGCGGCCCAGUACCCAGCUGUUCCUGCAGCGGUCGGCGCGGCGCAGUAUCCAGCGGCGGCGCCGCUGUACCCAGCUGGUGCCCCUGUCACGGUCGCCACUGCCCAGUACCCUGCGGCAGCGGCCGUCCCGGCCUACUCCACCCCCGUGGUCGCCCCCGCUGCGGCCCCCGCAGCAGCCGUGCAGCCGGUGGUGAUCCCGUACGCUGCCAGCGCCACCUCGACCGCCACGGUGCACGGCGGCACGCCCUUCAAGCUGCUCUUCUCGCGCUUCCCGCCGCUGCUGGAGGGCUUCGUCCAGCGCAUGCAGAACUACUUCUCCACCUACAACCACCCCACCACUCCGGAGAACGGCGGGUUCGACUUCGAGUCUGCAGGGGGCGGCGGCGUUGGUGACGUGGCCAGUGGAGGGUACUCUUACGAGCCGCCGGCGCGCAACCCCUUCAACUACCCAAUCAGGCCCAGGACUUUCAGGCCAAACCAGCCUCAGGGGGGACGCGGGGGAUACUUCUACAACAGGCGGUGA